CCUGAUCCGGACACCUGAGGAUCUUCUCCGGGCUCAGCGUGGAGCAGCAGCAGCCGCAGCAGCCAGGAUGAUCCCGGUGGGUGAACUGAAAAACCUCGGCACAGAGCCGAACUCCAAGUUUCGGGUGCUGAAGCCGUGGUGGGAUGUUUUCUCAGAGUACCUGUGCAUUGCCAUGCUGAUGAUCGGAGUCUUUGGUUGCACCCUGCAGCUCUCUCAAGACAAGAUUUCAUGUCUGCCCAGUCACUUCACCAGCCCAACGCCAGAGGCAAUCGACUGCAGCCACAUCAGCACUUACGCAGAGAACAAGACAAGGCAGCACACACUGGUGAAAAAUGCAAGUCCCAUCAUUUGGGAGGUGACCGGCCACAAUAACAACCUGGAAAACUAUCAGUAUUUGUUUGUUAAUCACUAUUGCUACGAGAGGUCCGUCCACUGGUACGCAAAGUACUUCCCCUUCCUCGUCCUGAUCCACACUGUGAUCUUCAUGGCAGCGAGCAGCUUCUGGUUCAAGUUCCCCGGGACGUUUUCUAAGAUUGACCUCUUUGUGACCAUCCUUGUGAAGUGCUUUGACUCCCCGUGGACCACGAGGGCCCUGAGUGAAGUGUCGGAGGAAAGAGGAGAGGAGAAGAUGGUCAUUUGGAGGAGGAACACCACCUCAAAGGAACACGCGGAGCAACGAGAGGUGGAGGAGGAGACCACAGGGCUUCUUCGCUCCUCGUCUGUCAAGUCUAAUCCAGAAAAGAAAACCCCAGAGUCUCCGUCUACCCCCUCCGUCCUGGACAAGAAGGAAGGCGAGCAGGCCAAAGCUCUAUUUGAAAAGGUAAAGAAGUUGAGGACUCAUGUAGAGGAGGCAGACCUCUUGUAUGUCAUGUAUGUGCUACAGACAUCAGUCAAGGUCUUUAAGUUCCUUUUGAUCAUUAUCUACACUGCAGUGAUGGCACCAAACAUUGAGAUUGUAGUGCGCUGUUACGUUCCUCCUGAACUGACUGGUUUUGACAUUUAUUGCUGUAACCACAACAAAGCCCAUCUUUUCUCCAAGCUUGCUUAUUGCUACAUCUGCUUUGUGGGAGUGUAUGGUCUCCUGUGCAUCUAUUCCCUCUACUGGCUUUUCCACCGGCCACUCAAAGUGUACUCCUUUGAGCAUGUCAGACUAGAGACAGGUAUUAACGAUAUACCAGAUGUAAUGAAUGACUUUGCGUUCCUCCUGCACCUUGUGGACCAAUAUGAUGCCCUCUACUCUAAGAGAUUUGCCGUCUUUCUUUCUGAGGUCAGUGAGAGUCGUCUCCAUCAGCUCAACCUCAACCACGAGUGGACCGCCAAAAAGCUACGCGAGCGUCUUGCCAAGAACACGAGUAACCUGUUGGAGCUGCACCUGUCGAUGUUGCCGGGGCUUCCCGACACCGUGUUUGAGCUGUCUGAGUUGGAAUCACUCAAACUGGAGCAAGUUAAAAACAUUACCAUCCCACUGAGUGUGGCAAAGCUAGACUCUCUCCGGGAGCUGUCGCUGCUGUACUGCCAAGCAAAGCUUCAGCUGCCUGCCCUGAACCACCUCAAGGAACAUUUGAAGGUCCUUCGUCUAUCUUUUGAAAAUUUAGAUGAGGUACCUUUGUGGAUGUACACCCUGAGUGGCCUGGAGGAGUUACAUCUGAACAGUCCCUUAACUGAGGCGUCCAGAAGUGCCACUCUCGACUCCCUUCGAGACCUUCGAGCUCUGAGACUCCUCACUUUCCGCUCCAACCUUUCAAAGAUCCCGCCCAGCGUAGGGGAUGUAGCAGUGCAGCUGCAGAGGUUGUGCAUCUAUAAUGAAGGUGUCAGACUCCAGGCGUUCAGCAGCCUGAAGAAGUUAACCAACCUGCUUUCACUGGAGUUAGUGGGCUGUGAGUUGGAGCGCAUCCCAAGUGCUGUCUUCAGCCUGAACAAUCUACAGGAGUUGGACCUGAAAGACAAUAAACUGACCACUGUGGAGGAGAUACUGAGCUUACAGCACUGUCGCCAGUUAGUGACCCUGCGACUGUGGCACAACAAAAUCACUUACAUCCCCGAUCACAUCAGUAAAUUGCACUCCCUAGAGACGAUAGAUGUCAGCUGGAACAAGCUGAGGAAGCUUCCCUCUCGACUGUUUUAUUGCACCAAGCUCAGGCACAUAGAUGUUUCCCACAACCAGCUGACUUCUCUUCCUCCUGAGGUGGGCAUCCCACAAGGCCUCCAGUUCUUCUCCGCUGCUUUCAACUCUUUAGAGACGGUGCCUGAGGAGCUGUUCUCCUGUAAAAAGCUAAAGACGCUGGCUCUUGGAAACAACUGCCUGUCAGAAACCUUCGGGGCUAAGCUGGCCCGGCUGGAGAUUAAGGGGAAUCGUCUGGAGUCUCUUCCUCUGGAGAUAGCAGACUGUCCCCUUCUGAAUGUCAGUGGGUUGAUAGUAGAGGACAACCUGCUGGAUCUGCUGCCACCAGAUAUGCGAAGCAGGCAGGCAAAGAGCUAAGUUUGUAGAGCUAAUCUUCUCUCAGUGGACUAUCAUGGUCGAUGAAAGGCUGACACGGUAGAAGGUCAUGGAAAAUUUGCAGUUUGUUGAUGUGUAGUACUAGAGGGAAUGUUAUCCUGUCCAGGAUUUCUUUACACUUAAAUUUGAUCACAAAUGUCAGAUAUUGUGUCGGCUCAUGUGCAAGCCAGUCAUGUUCCCUUGUGGAUCUCAAUUUCAAGAAUCUCAUUAUUUGAGAUAUAUAAAGAUAAAAGGAGGGAGCAUUUUUCAAUCUUAAAUAUGGAUCAGGCUGAGACAAGAGAAAGGCUUUUUCUCAGGAGCUAAAUUUAAGAGGUAUGAGAAGUCAAAAUCUAAUAUCUGAUCUUAAAUUAAAGGUUCACCCUCCCCUUCCAAACAUGAAAGAGAACGUGUGUUCCGGUGUUUGGUUUGUCCAGUUAGGACUAUUGUAAAAAACAUAGCGGCCUCUGUAGAGAGGAUCCUUUCCCGACAUAAAUAUAAAGUAUUUAAAUAUAAAGGGCCCAUUCUAGGGUAAAGAAAACAACAAUUCAUACAAUUUAGAUUAUUACACACGAGUGAAAACAUCUCUAGGAUUAUUUAAUACUCAAUAUUUGCCUUACAUACUGGAAGAUUAAACAUUUUAAGCUCAGCUAUGUCUAGGAUAAACAGGUAGGACAAAGAGGGGAUCUGGAAUUUUCCUUUCCUCUGCAAGAAAAACCAUCACUAAAUCCACAAGUGAACUUGCAAAAAAAAAAAGAAACUUUUUUAUAACAUGUACUGUAUGUUUCAAUUUACGUCAGAUGAAUGUUUCUGAAAUAUUUGUAUGCAUUUUCUAAAAAAUACAUUUUACAAGUAUUUUACGAAGGUCAUAUGUGUCCUGUAAAUACCAUACUGUAUUUUUUUUUUUUUUUAAAUGGUGCAUAUUGCACAUUAUUGUAAACUUUAUUAUAAAUACAGAGUCAGGCUGAUGUUAUGUGUAAUAAUUAGCAUUAAUAAAAGAAAGACCUUGUAAUUGUAAUGA